AUGCUGUCAUCGGCUGCUCUUACGGCCGCUCGUCGCGUGCUCACCAGCACCGGCGCAGCAGCUCCAUUGCGCCAAUCCGUCGGCCUUGCAGCUCGCGCACUCGUCCUGCGUCCUGCGGCGCCCUCGUUGCGCCUGAUCAGCACCUCAGCGCCUGUGCGCGCGGCCGCAGCGAAGGCGACCAAGUCCAAGUCAACAAAGAGCUCCACCAAGAAGCCGGCCAGCAAAAAGACAGCAAAGCCCAAGGCUAAGAAGCCUGUUAAGAAGAAGGCUAUUAAGAAGAAGGCCGCCGUCAAGAAGCCAAAGAAGGCGCCGAAGAAGAAGGUGUUGACGGACGAGCAGAAGGACAGGCUCGAGAUCAAGAGGCUGAGACAGAUGGCGCUGCUGAAGGGGCCAACUUUGCUUCCGGAGACAGCAUGGAACGUGUUCAUGGUCGACAACGUCCGUGCUGGGGAAGGCAGUCUCGUGGACAAAGUCAAGGCCCUUGCUACUAGCUUUAAGAACCUGCCCGAGUCCGAGAGAGAACGUAUGGCAGCAGUCGGUCACUCUAACAAGAUUGCCAAUCAAGAGGCAAAGAAGAAAUGGAUCGAGUCUUUCCCUCCCGAGGCGAUCCAUGCUGCCAAUCUGGCCCGUCGCCGCCUAGCUCGCAAAACAGACAAGUCUAGAACCUACCUCAUCCAUGACGAGCGCAUUCCUCAGCGAACUGGAUCUGGCUUCACAUUUUUCAUCAAGGAGCACUUCAAUGACAAUGGUGGCUCGCCCAAGGAUGCUAUGCGCAGCCUCAGCGAACGCUGGAAGGCUUUGAGCAACGACGAGAAGGCCCCUUACCUGAAAAAGGCUGCUGACAUUGCGGAGGUAUCAGGAGCGCAGCUGAAGGAGCUGCGAGAGAAGGGCGCCAAGUACUGGAAGGAGAAGCUUGCUUCAGCCAAGGUGUAA